AUGAUGAAUAGCUACAGCUCGGUUUUCUCACGGCUUUUCUGCUUGAUUUUUGCUUGUUCUUUUUGUCAGUCUGUGCUAAGACAGAACUGUCAGGUUCUGGAAAAGAAAUAUUAUGCACAGUACAUGGAUCUGAAGUUUGACAGAUGUGGGGAAUUCGAGAAAUUCAAUUUUUCCAUUGCAGUCCAUUGUGACCAGGUGGAAAAUCUUCACGUGACUCUGAAAGAAGCCCCACCGGAAACAGAUUGGCUUUGCCUAACCAACUAUCGUGGCGACACAAUGGAAACUGGAGUCUUCUCUCAAUUCACAAGACUGAAUGCUCUUUAUAUAGUAACAAGGAAUGUUGAACUUCAACCUGGUUCCUUCAGUGGUCUUCCUCACCUAACCACCCUCUGGAUCGAGGCAGAAUCUACACAUACUAACAUUACAUUCUAUAAGGAUACAUUUUAUGGAUUAAAUUCACUGCGAGAACUGAAAAUAUCUUAUAUACACUUAUCAGCAUUCAACUCUUCACUAUUCAACCAUCUUCAUCUUUUGGACAGUCUUAUAUUGGAAAAUAACAACAUUGGUUAUCUAUCUGAUGUAACAGCAUUACUAGGAACAUUCAAAAACUUAAAAAAACUCUCUGUAAUUAGCAAUGAUAUUUAUAAACUUAGAACAGUUGAUUGCAUUACGUCACAAAAUCCUACAAGUUAUGGAGCGUUUGUAGAUUUCAACAUCAGCCACCUUGACCUGAGCAACAAUCGAUUUGACAUCACUGAACCUAAGUCUCUCUGCAACUUUCCACAUCUGGAAAUUUUUACCAUCGGCACCACUCCUAUUAAAAUUGAAGACCUCUAUGAAUCAGGUAUCAAGACAAUCAAAACAAUUUCAUUACAAAACACUGGACUUGAUAUAUUUGAAAUCUGCGCUAGUGCUUCUUAUUUUAAAGUGGAGGAACUUCUUCUCAUGUUUUCCUGGAUAUAUAAAAUUAACACUUUCGGGGGCUCCUGUAAAAACUUAAAGAAGUUAAAUUUAUCGGGCAAUGACUUAGAUAAGAUUGGGGUAAGACAAAUGCAAAAAUUAUCGAAUUUAUUGGAACUGGAUGUAUCAUAUAAUAACCUGGAAAGUUUAACAUUUUGCAAAAACGAAUCGGUGCCAAUGUUGAAGCUGGUUUAUCUAAAUGCAUCUUUUAACUAUUUACUUAGGCUACAGAAGGGACAGUUUGCAUGCUUAAAAGAACUUAAGAGCUUAUCUCUGGAGAGCAACAAAAUUAAUCACAUCGCUGACUUUGCCUUUGAUGGGUUGGAUCAAUUACAGCUUUUGAAUCUUCAACACAACAACCUAUUCAGAAUUGGGGAAUUCACAUUUUCAAACUUGUUUCUGGUAAGACAUCUAAAUUUAUAUGAAAAUGUGGUGAGUACAUUUAAUUCAGGAGCAUUUAGAAAUGUCUUUCUUGAAGAUAUAACGGUGACCUAUGAUUAUAAUGUCGAUUCCUAUUGGUGGAAAUUUAUACGAAGGUCGUUAAGAAAUAUCUCAGUGAAGACCAAUAUUUUUGACUUGAGAGAGGAUGUUUUGGAUGCAUUUCCCUUUCUCGAGAGCUUACAAAUAGAUUCACCCAACGUAGUCCUCAGUUGUGCUCCAUUCUCUGAAGCUAAAGAGUUACGUUUGAAAAACACCAUAUACUUUGAAAAUACUGAUGCAGAAUGGAGCCCACUUGCCAGCUUUACAAAACUUGAAAAACUGUAUUACUCUGGAAACCCACAGGACGUUUCUAAUAGUAGUGCUCUUAUCAACUCGUUGAAAGACGUACCAUCAUUAAAGUUCCUUUAUUUGCACGAUAUUGAUAAAAUCAUUAAAUAUAAUCAGAUAAACAUCAAUACAAUCUUUCAAAGACUAUCACAGCUCAAAGUUUUACAUUUAAACAAUUCUGGAAUAGAUCGCUUGGAUUCCAAGGAUGUUUUUAGUGAUUUGCAGGAUCUGGAAUUUCUCAUCAUUGAAAAUCAGAACAUGCAAGAGGUUGAGUCCAUCGUAUUUGAUUCAAUGCCCAACUUGAAGUACAUUUAUUUUUUGCAGACAACUUUUCCCUGUAGUUGUAAGUUCAAUGGAUUUCUCUCAUGGCUGGAAUCUAACACACGUGUAUCUGCCAUUAAUUUUUACCAUCAAAAAUGUCUCACCAAGGACGUCAGCAUGAAUUUUAUAUUUUUCCUAAACAACAGUUGUCGGAGUGAUUUGGAUUUUAUAAUGUUCAUACUGAGUUUUUUUAGCACACUGUUGUUUAUGUGCCUAUCUCUUUUCCAUGAAAGUAUCCGGUGGUAUAUUCUCUACAUAAUCUACACGGUUAAAUGCUGGCUGAACCACAGGCUCCAGCACAAAGACGAGUACGAAUAUGAUGUUUUUGUGUCUUACAACACAAAUGAUGAGCUAUGGGUCACAGAGCAACUUCUUCCCAACCUGGAGCAGAAUGGUCCUCCAAUCUUCAAAGUGUGUAUCCAUAACCGGGAUUUUGAGGUCGGCAGAGGCAUUAUAGAGAAUAUUAUGGACAGUAUCUAUAACAGCAGAUGGACGGUCUGUAUUAUUACCCACAAUUACCUGCAGAGUAAUUGGUGUUCCCUGGAAAUGAGGAUGGCAAUGUACAAGCUACUAACAGAGAGCAAGGAUUCUUUGAUUCUGAUAUUCCUUGAUAAGAUCUCUAGAGAAGAGCUGCAGUAUUACCAUAGACUGACUAAGCUUUUGAAUAAGAAGACCUAUCUGGACUGGCCAGACCAUGAGAAUAGACAACAGCUAUUUUGGGCAAGAUUACGUAAAGUGAUCGCUAAAUCUGGAAGAAAGCUCAAAUAAAAAAAGGAAAUUUUUAACUGUGAAUUACUGUCAAUUGCCCUAAGGCUGAGUUCACACUGCUGCGACA